UCAUUUCUUCUUAAACUCUUCCACAUCCCUCUCCUCAACCAUGAACUCCGAUCUCGACCCAACUCGUAAUCCAUUCUCUUCUCGUUUUCCUCGUUCAAGGCUUAUGCGACUUUGUCUGGAUGAUAUGAAUGCCUCUGCUCAAAGGCGGGCUCUGUUAAUGCGUGGCAUGUUUACUCUCUUAGCUCAAUAUCUCGACGACGACGACGACGAAGACGAAGAGGAGGAGGACGAGGAUCCCCAAGAACAAGCCGGAGAACAAGACCCACUCGCUAACGGGAAGCGGCGACGCUCAACUACUCGAAACCCAAACGACGACGUUCCGCGCAAGGCCCACGCUGGUCCCCACUCGCCUUCGUUGACAAGCGACGCGGAGAGCCCAUUUAAACCAGAGAACUCGCUCAUUCGAAGAACAAAACCCGACACGUCGUUUAUCGUCCACCCGAAAAACCCGGAAAUGGAGUCGCCGGAGCAGAUCUUCAUUCUUUCGGGGCAGAGCAACAUGGCUGGUCGGGGCGGCGUGAUCCGGGACCACAGCCACCACAACCACCAGCACUGGGACGGCGUCGUUCCGUCGGAGGCUCAGCCCGACCCUUCGAUCCUCCGCCUCAACGCUCACCUCCACUGGGAGGCGGCGCGUGAGCCUCUCCACGCCGACAUCGACUCCAAGAAGGUGUGCGGUUUGGGUCCGGGAAUGUCGUUCGCCAACGCGGUGAGGGGGCGCGUGGAGGGGAAGAUUGGGCUGGUGCCGUGCGCGGUUGGCGGCACGGCGAUCAAGGAGUGGGCGCGUGGGGAGCAUCUGUACGAGAACAUGGUGAAGAGGGCGCGUGAGAGCGUGAAGAACGGGGGAGAGAUCAAAGGGUUGCUGUGGUACCAGGGGGAGAGCGACACGUCGUCUCAGCAUGAUGUUGAAGCGUACCACGAGAACAUGGUUAGGCUUAUUGAGAAUGUGCGCCGGGACCUUGCUUUGCCUUCACUUCCAGUAAUCCAGGUGGCUAUUUGUUCCGGUGAUGAGAAGUACUUGGAGAAAAUUAGGGAGAUUCAAUUGGGGAUGAAGGUUGAGAAUGUUGUGUGUGUGGAUGCUAAGGGAUUGGAGCUGAAAGAUGAUCAUCUUCACCUGACCACCGAGGCUCAAGUUCAGUUGGGUCGGAUGCUGGCUGAUGCUUACCUCAAGCAUUUUGGAUCAGCUAAUUCCCAUCAUCCUGCCCUUUAGCGUAAACAAUGAAAUUUCUUCGAUAUGUCAAUGCUUUGAAGCUUUCUUUUUGUUCGUUGCUAGUAUGAUUGUGAGUCUGUCAUCAUUGUCAUUUGGUGCUUUGGGCUGGAAUCAAUGGUAGAGGAGUUCCACAGAAAAGACCAACCAUGAAAGAAGCCCUAGACAAAAGUAUUUCGUCAAACUAGUUAACUAAUUAUAAUGUAUUUCGAGGUGUCCCACAAAAGUGGUUUUAUGUUAGAGCAUUUGCUUUGCUGA